UUACACCUUUUUUCGUAUCUCGCGGUGAUGAUUGGCGGUUUUAAUCCCAUUGCGUGCAACGGCUAAGACGAAUGAGUAUCUAUUAAUCUUCUGCUAUUGAAUAUCCGGUCGUGAGUGAUUGAUCUGCUGAAAACUUCAUCAACUGAAGAGUGGUGGCACUUAUAAUCAACCGGCAACAACUUGCUCUCACAAAUGAGCCGACGGGAGCACCCAAUGGGAACAGAGCGUAUUAUCAGCCAAUGAAGGCAUCUCGCUUCAAACGAUUGUUGAUAGAUUACGAUCAACGCGUAGACGCGUAAACAAAGUAAGACAAGCAAAUACUAUCUCGAAAUUCCGAUCGGCUUGCAUGUCUCGCAGCCCUAAAUAUACAAACAUAGGGCGUGUUAUUUAUAGACAGGAAAGAAUUUUUAGAGCAGUAAUUAAAUCAUCAGGAAAAUGCCGCAUUUUCCAACCGCUACACCAGUGGAACCGAUAGCUCAGAAAAACAACUUGCAGCAAACAAGUACAAAGCCGGCACCCGUAGCGGAUGCCAGUCGGCUACUGAUCCAGCGAAGAUGCUGCAUUCGUUCGUCAACAAAUCGACCGCAUUCGUCGGACCUGUCACGCUAUCGGCUUGCCGUUGGAGUUACACCUCGACUGAGCAGUAACAUUUUCUUCCUACUCACGGCUGCGGCUGCGACAGUAGUAACUGCCUUUGCGACAGAACGAAAGCUACAAACAACUGGUCGGGUGAUUUUCAAGUUUUUUCGUAAUGAACCCAUUCAAAAUGGGGUUCACAUGGCCGCCGCAGUAGAUCUCAAAUGCACCCACCAGGAUGAGUUUUUCUACGCAAGUCCCACCAGCAGAUGUUCGUCGUAUUACCGAUGCUUUCAGCGUCAAGCAAUUCGCUACAAAUGCAACGAUAAAUCGGUUUUCGAUUUCGACCAGCAAAAAUGCACUCGCCAAGAAAUAACGUGUUACGAACCGAUCUGUACCGGGAAAUCAGAUGGUCAGUAUGCGGAUACAACGCAGGCAUGCAGGAGAUCAUACCAUUGUAAAGGUGGCCAACUUAUUACAAUGGACAACUGUCCAAAGGGCCAUUUGUUCGAUGGUAGUCAAUGCUCGCCACAAAAUAAGGUAAACUGUGAAAGUCCAACCGUAUCAGCCGUAGCAAUACCAUUCAGCGGAGAUCAGCGUUGCUAUGGACUUCAAAAUGGAAACCACGUUAUCGAAGAUGAGCAGUGCAAGAAAUAUAUGAUCUGUGAAGAUAACAGUGUAGUUGAUGUGCUGGAGUGUCCUUCCGGCUAUAUGUACAAUGAGAUGACUCGAAUGUGUACCUUCUCCGAAGGCAUUGAAUCGUCCGGCUGCAUGAGUAACUAUAUGGACAACGAAGAGGACAUUUGUUCUUGGCUACCGGAUGGUCUUCAUCUAGAUCCAACUUCUAAAACAUGCAAAAGCUAUAUCAAGUGCCUUGGUGGCCGAACUGGGUCUAGACAUGACUGUCCCAAAUCUACCCUGUUUAACGGAUCCCAGUGUGUGCCAGAUUUUCUUUAUCAUUGCCCAAGACUGGCAUUGCCGGGCGAUAUCUGUGAAAAGAAAUUAGACGGAUACCAUGUGGAUCCCAGGAAGGGUUGUUCCUACUUUGUUCGCUGUGAGAAACAAAAGACAGUAGAAAAUCAUUCUUGUCCAACGGGCUUUCAGUACGAUCCAUCCAAAAAUGUAUGUGUGGAGCCCCUACGUGGUGAAAUUUGUCACGGAUCAGGAUAUUCUGGUGAUUGUGUUCAGCGUUCAGCCGGAUUUUAUCAGGAUUUUUCUGACGCAUCCAAAUGUGCCCAAUAUUUCUACUGUUUCAACGGCAAUAAAACUACAUUUCGGUGUCCGAAUGGACUUGUUUUUGAUGGCGAAAAUUGUGUCAGUUCUUCUAAAUACUCCUGUCCCAGUGCGAGCUCCGGUUCAUGUGUAAACAAACCAAAUGGCUACUAUCGGGACCCGACCAGCGGGUGUCGUUCAUAUUACUAUUGUUCAGAAGGAAGCAAAACUUCCUAUCUAUGCAAUCCGGGACAAGUAUUCAGUAACGACCAUUGCAUAGAUCGUCUUGGGAACACGUUUUGCACCGAAGAUUUAGUUUGUAGUGAUAAGUCCGAUGGAUAUUAUCAUGAUCUGCAAUCGCAUUGCCGGAACUAUUACUACUGUCAGAGGGGUGAGAAACUACAAACUCUUACAUGCCGAGGUAGUAAGCUUUUCAACGGAAAUAGCUGUGUAUCACCGGAUUGCUAUACCUGCCCACAUGGCGAGGCUGCCGCGAAUCCUUUAGUGAACUGCAUACCACGUUCUUGUGAACCGACCUGCACUAAAAAUGGCUUCCAAACAGAUUACGACAGCAAUUGUGAGGAAUAUUUUUUCUGCAUCGAUGGUAAAAAAUCCGUUUUAUCCUGUUCGAAAAACUAUAUAUUUAAUGGUGAAAUCUGUGUACCCAACGAUACAUAUCGCUGUCCAAAGUACUGCGAUGCGACGGUUACGUGCAGUUGAAAGUAACUGAUUACCUGCACAUGGUCGCCGGUUUAGAAAGUGUCCCUACCUAAAUAAUAAGCCCUUAGACGACGAUGCCUAUCGGUGGGCGUCUCUAGACUAGUUUUAGGUUUAUUUAUUUAUUCUACACUGCAUUUACGUGGGUUUUGGCGGAUGGGUCAAAAGGAAACUCGACAACUACAAUUACAGAGGGGAUUUUCCUAGCUUGUUAUCACAACAAAACACGACUCUACCGUCGGCGGAAUAAACGAGUGUUUGAAUGCGAUUGGUUAGAUGUGUGGUGCGUUAUCCGAUGCUAUUUAUUUUCAUUCCAAUAAUGUGUACUUUUGUACAAAAUACGAAGCAUUUGAAAUACUCAUAAUAUUAGCAUAUUAGCAGUAAGAUUGUAUGACAUGACUAUGAUGUUUUUUAAGAAAUUUCAUUUCAGUCA